UUUCUUCCCCCGCUUUCCACCAUGAAGGGAACAAACAUGGCUCUCCCUCUGAGUAUGGGGGCUCUGCUUCAGGCGGACCUCCAGGAGGACGCCGCUUACCGGGACGAAGGGUUGUGUGUUGUCGGUAUUUUCGGUAAAAGCAACAUGCAACCGGGCGCGCCUAAAGAAUCUAUCGUCAACAGUCUCGCGGACAAACACAUCUUCUCGCUGUUCGGAGGACCGGAAGAUGGCGGUACGGCGGACAGCAGCAUCGAGGCUUUCUACCACCAGGAGAACCGGGUUUUGUACCUGUUGCUGUCCUCCGUGUCCGACAGCCGGCAGCUAUUGCGGGCCUGCGAGUCUCUGAGCGCCGGUACCGGACACUCCGACUCCCACGAGCUGUGGAAAGACCUGGACCGACAGCACUGCCUGCAUUUACUCUACAUCUUCUCCGUGUGUCACGUGCUCCUGCUGGUGCACCCGAACCAGACGUUUGAUGUGACUUAUGACCGUCUCUUCCGGGCCCUGGAUGCUCUGAGACAGAAGGUGCUGCCUCUGAUCCGGGCUGCCAUCAAGGACUGCCCGGUGUCCAAAGAGUGGAAGCUGAACUGUCGGCCAUGCCCUCCUCGCCUGCUCUUCGUCUUCCAGAUGAACGGCUCCAUGAAGGUCUCUACAAACGGCUCAGAGUCUGGAGGAAACCCCGACAAACCCAAGAAGCACUCCCCCAGGAGGAGGCUGCAGCACGCGCUCGAGGACCAGAUCUACCGUAUCUUCCGUAAGAGCAGAGUCUUGACCAAUCAGAGCAGCAACUGCCUGUUCACCGUUCCCGCCAACCAGGCCUUCGUGUACGUGAUCCCGACCGUUGACGAGGACCCUGUGGGCGCGUUACUCAGCCAGCUGCGCUCCACCUGCACUGUGAGUGAAACAGAGCCAGUCGUGGUGGUGACGGGCCCGCGGAGAUAUCAGCAGAUGAGACGUUCAGCGCGACAGUUGAGUUACAGCGGAGAUCCAACGACUCUGUUGAUGGGCGGCCAGCUGACAGACUGCAGCCUGAAGGAGUUCCUCUGGCAGCACGUGGAGCUGGUGCUCACCAAGAAAGGCUUCGACGACAGCGUUGGUCGCAACCCUCAGCCUUCACACUUUGAGCUGCCGUCCUACUCCAAGUGGGUCCAGAUCGCCUCUAAGCUCCACCAGGUUCUCAUCAGCAACACAGAGGAGGAAAUAGCAGAGCUUUGGUCAAAGGUUCAGGGCCAGCUGAAGGUUUUGGAGGGUUUUCUCGACGCUGAUACAAAGUUUUCUGAGAACAGGUGUCAGAAAGCCCUGCCUCUGGCUCACAGUGCCUACCAGUCCAACCUCCCCCAUAACUACACAACGACCGUGCACAAGAACCAGCUGGCCCAGGCUCUGCGGGUGUACAGCCAGCAUGCACGAGGCGUGGCUUUCCAGCGCUACGCUCUGCAGCUUCAUGAGGACUGCUACAAGUUCUGGAGCAACGGCCACCAGCUGUGUGAGGAGCGCAGCCUGACGGACCAGCACUGCGUGCACAAGUUCCACCUGCUGCCUCAGACAGGAGAGAAGACAGACAUGGAUCGAAACCCGCCCAUCCUGAACCACAACAGCAGGGGGCGCUCCACCAGCGCCUGUAACUGCGGCAGGAAGCAGGCGCCACGAGAAGAUCCGUUUGACAUCCAGGCGGCCAACUACGACUUCUACCAGAUGCUGGAUGAGAAAUGCUGCGGGAAGUUGGAGCGGAUCGACUUCCCCGUGUUCCAGCCCAGCACCCCGGACCCGGCGCCCGCCACAAACCAGGCUCAGAGGACCCCCAUCGAGGCCUCCGGGUCUACAGAGGUGGUGGUGGAGAAGCUGAAGGACCCCCCCCCUGCCCAGAGCCACACCCCCGCAGACACCAGCCUCAGCCUGGCCCUCAGCCUGGGUCAGUCCACAGACAGCUUGGGGCCCUAUGCUGACGGAGAUGGCACCGAAACACAAGUCCCCAAGAGACCCAGUCUUGUGGACCGGCAGCCCUCCACGGUGGAGUAUCUCCCCGGGAUGAUGCACUCUGGCUGCGCUAAGGGUCUCCUCCCAAAGUUCUCCAGCUGGUCUCUCGUCAAACUGGGCCCCGCAAAAUCCUACAACUGCCACACGGGCCUGGAGCACCCGGGCUUCCUCCCCGGAUCCUCCUUCCUGCUGCCCUGGGACCUGGUGAUCCGCUCCCGGUCGGAGGAGGACACGGACAGACUGAUGGAGCCUCUGGAUGGGGGCACCUCCUCGUGGCCGGCCCCCAAUAAGACCCUGGUGGGGAAGAGGGGAAGCACCGGGGGCCUGGGGAGGAGCCGCAGGAGGGACGACAUGGCUCGGAUCUUCGUGGGGUUCGAGUACGAGGACAGCAGGGGGCGGCGCUUCAUCAGCUGCGGGCCGGAUAAGAUAGUGAAGGUUCUGGGGCCAGGGGGGGCCAAAGACCCCGCCACCAGGGUGCUGAACACCGACAUGCCGCUCUACAUCCCGUCCCCGUCGCAGGGCCGCGGCAUCAAGUCUCACUACGCUCAGCUGACUCGGCUGUUUGUCGUCGUGCCGGACGCCCCGCUGGAGGUCACCCUCAACCCACAGGUGCAGCCCGGCCCUCCUCCCUGCCCGUUGUUCCACCCGGAGCAGACAGAUUUGGUUCUUCCUCCCGAUGGGUUCUGGGUUCUGCGGUUCCCUUAUUCCUUCUGUACGGACCGCGGGCCCUGCUACCCCCCCAAAGAGAACCAGCCGCUCAACAACCACAAGGUGCUGCGAGGCAUCCUGAAGGCCACGGCCGCUACCCCGGCCCCUCAGUGACGCUGAGGGACCUCUUAUUUAUUCACACUUCCUGAUAUAGGCCGAGAUGUUUAUGUUUGUGAGUCCGUGCCCCCCCCCCUGACCCCUUCAAUCCUCAUCUAAAUGUACUGUGGAUUUUUCCAGCCCCGACAUAUUAAAUCUCGUUUAUUUUGA